AUGGAAAGACGGGCUUGGCGUUACGGCGUUGUGGCGUUGAAAAACACAUCCAGCGAGUCGCGUCUCAGGCGAUUGUGGGCGUUUUCCAAAAACACGGCUCUCGCCAUCGCUGAGGCGGAGGCGGGGAUUGAACCGACUGUCGUACGCCUUCGAGCACGCAUCAUCAAGAAUUGGAUCACCUGCCACACCCUACCGAAGGAUCAUGCCUUCUGGCCCUGUCGAGCGGCCGCUGCCAUGCAGGAGGGGAGUUACCCGUCACCGUUCAAAGUACUAGCGAAAUAUGGACCACAAUGUCUGUCCGACAUGGAGGUCAUUCGACCCUUCCCUCUAGACCCGUGGCAACGGUCUCUCGGGGAGUUGAUCACCACCGUCGGAUCCAAUAUGCACGAGUUGCACGAGGCCGGCCAUGCCCGUCGCUGGUUGUUCACUAGGGUCAGCGUUCGCAAUGGUCUGGUUGGAGCAGAGCUAGUUGUUCGCGUUAAUCAAGUCGACAUCGUCUCAUCGAACCGGACGGUUGGCACUGAUGACGCGCUCAACGCUCACUGCGCACAGUUGGGCGUAAAAGUAGAGGUUACGAUCGUUGUGAACAACCUUGCGGUCCUGCUUUCACUCGCCAAGCCACACCUUCAGGGUGGACAGGCUCUUAUCACUCACAUCACGGAGGCAAUUAAUCGGCUGUCGGCGAAGGGCGCCAAGGUCAACCUGCGGCCGCCAACGGAGGCUGAUGGCGAGAAUACAGCUCGAGCGCAUACCCUCGCACGCGAAGCAACAGAAGAGAACAACCAAGUUAAUCCCCCACCGUGGGCCCAAGUCCAGCUCCGGGCGUCGGCGUUGCGAUGGGCUCGGGCCAAUGCUAGGCAACACCGGAAGGACAACUUCCAACAGUCGACCACUAGCCAGUUUACACGCCAGCUGGAUUCGGCUCUCCCAGGACCCCACACGAAGAUGCUAUAUGAUAGCUUGGAUCAGGAGAAAGCAUCGAUACUAGCUCAACUCCGCACGGGACAUACCAGACUCAAUGGAUAUCUCCAUCGGAUCGGCUGA